UCAAUUUCAUCAAGUCCGCUGAACGGUAUCGCUUGUGGUAUUUACAAAUAGAAAAGUAAACUCAUUUAUAUGAUUCAUAUUGUGCGCGCUAUAUAUUUGUGUUUAUCGGGUAUUGCAUUCAAACGGGUUAAUCAGAUAAGAGCAAAACAAAACGGUCGUUGAAAAAUCGAAACACCACCAAAGACUUUUGCCUGCUUCGAGUCUAAAUAAACAAUACAAAUACUUCACAGACCAAUUAACGACCUGCUUGCGAUAAGAGUUCCCUAAUCAAACUCAAACUUUCAAUGUGCAAAACAGGUUAAUCGUUAUAACAUAUAAGUAAGAGAACAACAAGAAAGAAGUGCUUUGUUCGUGUUUGGUCGUCGCGGUUCUGUUUAAAUUGCAAAUGCGGGCACUUCUUGUAAAAUGAGUAAUGUAAAGAAAAUUGGAUUUUGUGGCGCCACCACGGCGUCAAUAGUGGCCAUUAUUUUACUUGCAACUUGCAACGUAAGCGCUGCAAAUGACGCAAAUCAGCUGGAUUUAACAUCGCAUGAUUGCACGAUAACGGAACCCGUUUAUGGCUACAAGUUCAACUUCAGCGGUUUGCGAUCAGAGCUGGCGCAUGUGGUGAAGAACUUGAACGACGAUGUCUUUGAGUUUAAUGUGUGCGGCAAUUUGACGCACAGCUGUAACAACGAAAGCAAUGUGGCCGCUUGCCUCAAGAGGGGGGGCAAGGAGUAUGUGCUGGGUCGCCAGCAUGAGUUGAAGUAUCACAAUGGUAAAAUGUAUUUCAAUUAUUUGAGUGGUGCCAAGUGUCCGAAUGGAACUGCUGACAAUGCCAACUAUCAGCUGCAUGUGAUACUAAGUUGUGACUACACCAUGGAUGUCAAUCAGUUCCAUAUAACCUCUUAUUCCGAUGACGCGUGUUCCUUCUACAUCAACUACGAGACAUCCUUGGCCUGUUUGCCUGUACCCGAUGCCCUGCAAUCGAAUAGCUGUAGCGUUCGCUACAACGAUGUGGGCGGCACAUUUGACCUGAUGUCAUUGAGCGAUGCUAAUUAUAGGACCAUAGACCGUGAUGGUGGUUUGUUUAUAAUUAACAUCUGCAAGCCUGUGCUAUAUGGCGAGAAUACAAUGUGUCCUAGUGGCAGUAGCAUUUGCCUCUACGAGCGCAAGGCGACGGAUCUAAAGAAGCGUUUCAUCAACUUUGGCAACGUGAAUUCGCAGCCUGAAUUUAAGGACAAUCUACUGUUUCUACGACACAAUUCAUCGACACCGUGUGCAGGAAAUUCCAGUGCCAACUACAGCAGCAUUGUGAACUUCCACUGCGACAAUACAAUUAUGAAUGAACAUCCAGAGUUUAUGGGCACAGAUCACGAUGGUUGCACCUAUCAUUUCAACAUUUUCACGCCACUCGCCUGCAAGCAACUGAAACCUUGUGCGGUCAUCGCUUCGGACAAUGAGCUGCUGGAUCUGAGUGCGCUGAGUGAGCAUCCACCGCACCAAUUGACCAAGGAUGGCAAAACCUAUACGGUAGCUGUGUGUGCCAGCGCUGGGACGCCUUGCUUGUCGGAUGGUGGCGCCUGCUAUGCUCAGAAUGAACAGACCUACAACCUGGGCAACUUCAAUACACAUUUGCGUUUCAAUCAGAGCGGCUCGCCGUAUUUACUGUACGAGGAGGGCGCCGUAUGCGAUGCAAGUGGACGCCGCUGGACGACGAAAAUCGAAUUUGUUUGUGCGAACAAUGCGACGAAGGACAAUGGAACGAACGAUGCUGUGCAAAUAAUUGAGGACUCGAAUUGUCAGUUGUUAAUUCAAUAUCAGACGCCGCUUGCCUGCCUCCAGCAGAUUAGAUGCAAGGCAAAGUUCUAUGAAGAGCUCGUUGACCUGACUCCAUUGGUUAACGCCAACGAUAACUACGAGGCACGCAUCGAGUUGCCGCCCAAAGAAGCCCAACGGCUGGCCAAGAACACAAAGUUCUUUUUGAAUGUGUGCCGACCAUUAGUGCCGAAAUACCAAUUAGGCUGUGCUGGCGGUUCAGGUGCCUGUAUGGCCAAAAUGUCGGCAGCCAAUGCGCCCGAGGAGGAGCAGAGCCUUGGCUUUCCGCUGGUCAAACUGUCUGCACUCAACGACACCGCCGCCGAGCUGCUCUAUCUACGUGGUGAUCCAUGUCCGAACGAUAAGGCCAUGAAUCUGUCCACGACCAUACACUUCAACUGCAACAUGACUGCGGGUCGCGGCCAACCGGCGUUGACUGAAAUUGACGACUGCCACUAUCAUUUCGAUUGGGGCACGAGUGUCAUUUGCCCGCCACAUGAGUGCACCUUCAAUGCGGACACCUGUGAAAUUGUGCAAGAGGAGGCGCAUCAGCGUUUCAACUUUAAGAACGCCUCGUUCACCAAAGAUGGCAAGAUUGAGAUUGCGUACAAACAGCAGAAGGUGCAGCUUAAUGUGUGUGGCAUGUAUCGCAAGACCAUGACGGAUUAUUCGCAGGAUCUGGUCAAUCUGUUCUUCACACACGACCUGCCCGGUUGUGGCAAGGAGGGCAAAAUGAAUGUGCAUUUGCGUUUGAUAUGCAGCAAUACCACGGAGAACACCACAACCAUUACAGAGGACACACAGUGCAGUUUGCUUUAUGUGCAACGCACGCCGAGCAUCUGCCACUUCUUGGGUCUCAGUGCGCCGCCAGAAGAUACAACAGCAGGAGGAAGCAGCACGAGUUCUACAACUUCAACAACCACAACGACGCCGUCAACGACGACGUCGACGACGACGAGCAGCACACAUACAACGCCAUUCGGUAAGCCAAGCGAAGCAGUCACAACAACAACAACUACUACUGCAGCCACUGUAAAGGCAACAGAAGCAACAGCAGCAGCAACGGCAGCAGCCGUACCCUCUGUGUUGGCAGCUGUUCCCAGCCCAACGGCCUCCGUGGGCACCAUCAUGGGAAUUAUCCUGUCCGUGACAUUCUUUGUGGCCUGCCUGGGAAUGUUUGCCUUCUCGCCGGCGCGAAGGCAACGCGUGCGUCGCCUCUUCAGACGCAGCAGCUCAGCGGUACGCUAUUCCAGGGUGCAGUCAAACGAGGAAGCCAAUCUGCUGCUGGAGCCGAAUGGCGAGUUUACCGAAAGCGAUGAUGAUAUGCUGCUCUAGAAGAGCAAAUAGUAACAGAAAGAGGGGGAAACUGGAUAUGAACUCCAUCCCAAGGCUGUGGCCGGCAGUGGUGCGUACUGAUUGCUAUUCAAAAGUUAACCAAAAAAAGAUAUGUAGAAGAAACUAAAACAUAAAACAAAAAAAAAGACAUGAUAAAACCACAAGUUUGGAACGUUUAACACCAAAGACAAAAUAAUGAAAAACGCAACUGAUUGUGAGCUAAAGACCUAAAAAGUAGACAAGUAACGAAAUUGUUGAAGGAAAAUAAUAAUUUAAAAAAAUAUAAUAUUACUUACUUAUGUACAAUACGUCUCAACGACAACGACGACAACAUACAAAGCCCAGUUAAUGGAAUUCUAUAAAUGUA